UCGUCUCAACAGCAACGAGGAGGGAGUUUGGAGACAUCUCGUCAUCGUCUCCAGAUCCAAAUCCAGAUCACCCGCCGCCGAGAGAGAGGGAGCGCGCGAUGGAGCUGGAGGCGCCGUCGCCGGCGAGGUACCUGCUGGGAGCGGCGAUCAUGAUGGCCGGCGUCGUGCUCCCGCUCGCCUACAUGAUCUUCCGCAGCAAGCGCUCCCCGUCCUCGUCCUCCUCCGCCUCCUCCUCCUCCAUCGCCUCCGCCGCCCCAUCCUCCUCCUUCUCCAAGCAGACGUAGGAACAAGGGGCUCUUCUAACAACCCUGGCGUGCUCACUUAUGUUCUUCUAGCUAAUAGUGUGCUAGCUCCUGUUUUCUACAAGAAGAAUGAAUCCCCUUUGUACUAUCUGCGAUCCGUCCCUCAUGUAGCAGCAGCAGUAGUGCCAAUUGAGUUGUGGAUCACUGUUCUGUCUCUCUGUAUUGAGUAGUUCUUCUUGCUUGUACUUGUUCAACUUCAUUGAGCCAAAUACAUUAUAAGGGAGUGUACCUACAUUGUUUCUUGAACCAGUGUAUAUUCAUUCCUCUGAACAACAUCUUGAUUAUGGGCACUUCUGUAUGCAGUUUUACUUGGUAAGCUAAUCUGAAUGAACAGAACAUAUAUGUUGUAA